UUCGCUACCUCGUGCCGCCACGGCCUUUAAAACGCUAUAUAAAGUGACAAAGUUGGCUCAUUGGCGGGCAUGCUUCGGUAUCCUCGGCAUCGGUUUUAAACUCGGGCUUUCCGGCCGCGUCGCGCGAUCCGGAAAAAAAGAAGUCAAACGCCCAGACGUGCGGCUUUUGUCACAGGUACUAUCAGUAGCCGAUCAAUCGGAGAAGUGGCGAGAGAGGUGAUUACGCGACACGAUUUAAAGGACGCCGCUCGCUAUGCCGCAUGCUUCAUUCCCGAGGAUGUCACGCUUCAACACGCGCAUUGCCAGGGCAUCGUUGAAUUGACGUAUCGACAGGUCCAAUCGAAUCGACACCGCCGUGGUGCCACGCCGUAUCCCAAAUCCCUUCACACUUAAGAAAAAAAGCGUUCACAAUGAAGCGCUGCAUUUUAUUACUUUGCAUCGUAGCGAUUCUCCGAGAUUCCGAAGCACUACCUAAAGGAUCCACGAAUUAUGAAGAAAUGUCCUACUGGCUGAAGUCCGGUCAAGAGACCCUGCACAGGAUCCUGAAGGAACAAAAAAAUGAAAAUCGCGCGAAAAACGUCAUCAUCUUCAUCGGGGACGGUAUGGGCCUGUCUACCAUUACAUCCGGUCGAAUCUAUGUAGGUCAACUCCACGGUCACAGCGGUGAAGAAUACCAACUCGAAUUCGAGAAGUUCCCCAACACCGCCCUCGCCAAGACUUACAAUGUAGACAAACAAGUACCGGAUUCCGCGGGGACGGCCACCGCUAUAUUUUCUGGUGUGAAAACUAAAUAUAGACUUAUUGGAUUGGAUGCCAGAGCCCCAUAUAAUAAAUGCGACAAAGAACUCAACAGAUUGAGCAAACUCAGUACGGUAGCCGAUUGGGCGCAGCAAUCCGGCAUGGACACUGGAUUUGUUACCACUACUCGCAUCACUCACGCCACUCCAGCGGGACUCUACGCGCACGUUAAUCAUCGAGAUUGGGAGUGCGAUACCGCGAUACCGAAGAAGGAACAACUUUGCAAAGACAUCGCGAGACAACUCGUUGAGGAUGAACCGGGAAAUCAAUUUAAGGUUAUCUUGGGUGGCGGUGCACAACAAAUGGGUAUGAAAAUGAAUGAGAGUGAUUCCAGUUCCUGUGUGCGAUCUGACGGUAAAAAUUUAGUAAAAGAGUGGCAAGCGAAACAUCCUAAAGGAAGAGCCGUCAGCAAUAUGCAAGAACUCAUGUCCGUCGAUAUAAGCGACACAUCGCAUAUCCUGGGUGUUUUCUCGCCUGGUCACAUGCCCUUCCACGCCGUGAAGAGUCCCGAGGUACCCUCCCUAGCGAACAUGACGAUGCAAGCUAUAAGAAUGUUGAAGAAAAACAAAAAUGGAUUCCUAUUGAUGGUCGAGAGCGGUAAAAUCGAUACGGCUCACCACGGCAACUGGGCGCAACUGGCGCUACGCGAGUUGUAUGAGCUGGACGAGGCAAUCAAAGUGGCCCUAAGGCUGGUAAAUAUGGAGGAAACGUUAAUCGUCGUCACGGCUGAUCACUCGCAUUCGUUUACCCUAAACGGAUAUCCCGAGAGAGGCAACGAUAUCCUCGGUUUCGCCAACAAGAAAGCCAGCCAGGUACCCUAUGAAACACUCUCUUACGCUAACGGUCCGGGAUUCUUCUACCAUCGAAGAAACAACAGCAACAACGUCAACGAGACCUGGAGAAGAGUCGAGGAUGAUCCGACUCGUAACGAACCCUUUUACAGGCACUUUGCUGGCAAAUACCUCAAAGACGAGUCUCACGGCGGCGAAGACGUCGGGGUUUAUGCCCACGGCCCCUUUUCGCACUUGUUCCGAGGUACUUUCGAGCAGAAUUACAUUGCUCAUGCCGUGGCGUAUGCGGCAUGCUUUAAAGACUGGCCGUCUCAUUGCGACAGCGCUUACCAUCGUUACUUUUACGACGUCAAUAUGGCAUCACAGAAUUCCAAGAAAAAUUCAGCCGGACAAGACACGGUAUCGUUUGCGGUAAUGAUAACUUUCCUUACGGUGAUCUUUAUACGGCUGUGAUAAUAAUACGUUACUGCAUUUUUCGUUUAUAGCCAAAUGAAUAAUGCGCCGCGAGAAAAAUUUACAUUUCAAAUAAUUAGAGUACAAAUAAUAUUUAAAAGUACAAAUAAUGUUUAUUUAACAAACAUUUUUUUGUGCCUUUACUAAGGAAUAUUCUAAUCUCUGCAGAUCUUGAUAUAAAUAUAAAUAUAAAUAUAGUGAUAAGACACGUCUUUUGCGGUGCAAACUUGCGAUCUUUAUAAAUAAUUAAUAGACUAAAUAAGUUUAUUACAAAUACCACACAUAUACGAUCUGUUUUGUAUAAUCUCGAAUUCUUACAUUGUUUCUCAUAGAUGUAAUUACACUUUAAUUAUAUAUUAUGCAUUGGCGUAUCUAGAAAAUAGGUCGGUAGAUUCAAACCUUCAAAAUUUUUCAUUUUUUAUUUUAUCUCAUUUAUUUUUUCCAUUUUUAAUUUUAAAAUAUAACUUUAUUUUAUCUCCGAGUAAAUUUUUUGUUGUAUAAAGUAUUAUUUUCUUUCCGUUAUAAUUAUGUAAAUAAUUUCUGGAAUUUUUAUUAAUUAGAGCUUUGAUAGUGUUUUAUACAUAAGAAAAAUUUUCAUAAGAUUUUUUAAUCAAAAAACGAAAACAGAAUAUGCGCUUUGCAUUCAACCAAUCAAUGAAAGUGACAAUCUCAUUUGACCAUAGCUGUUAUGUCAAUUUACAGAGGCAUUACUCAGAUUUAUCUUAAAUUAUUUAAAAAAAUUGUUGCAUAAUUUAUACAUUUUGUAAAUUUUAUUGAACAAUCUUGUCUUUUCAUCAUUUUUAAUAAUAUUUAACAAUAUUUCUUAGAAAACCUUUAUUUGAAUGUUUUUGAAAUGUCUUUUUCUAGAACAAUAAUCAUAUUUUUAUGUAAUACGAACAACAGUAAUAUUAAAGAUUGUAUUUUAUUUUUAAUAACUGUAUGUUGCUUAUACUUUCUCCAAGAAAAAUAAAAGUUAUGAUGUACAAAAUCUAAUAUUUUUCUUAUUUAAGAUCAAGAACAUAUUCUGAACUCUAAAAUAUCUUUGAAAUAAGAAAGCGAUAAUUUGCAUUAAUGCAAAAAAUUGCUAUUUACAUAUUAACAAAAUUGAUAAAAACUCUCUUUUAAAAAAUGCUGGAUACGCUUAUGUAUUAUUGCCUGUAAUUUUAUUUAUUGUGUUUAGAAUUCAACAAAUAAAAAAUUGUGAUUAUAUAUCACGAAUUUUGUAUUAACAGAAGUAACACGAUGAUUUUUUUUUUAAUUAUUGCAGCAACGAUGACGAAUUUAUUUUCAAACACGGAGAAACUUGGACGACAUUAUCCACAUAUUAACACAGGUUUACAGGAUAUCAAAAUGAUUAUAGGAAAAUAUUAAUAUAGCCGUACAUCGUAACACAUUGCCAUGUUUCGAAUAAAAAUGUUAUCAUUGUUGAAUUAUCGUGGAUAAAAUUUAAUUUAAUAAUUUACAGUGAGAUUUUACGAAGUACUCAAGGAUACGCAAAAUAAAUUACUACAAUUUAGAAAAUCGUCUUUCGAAAUAUUCUUCGAAGAAAAAAUGGAAUACAUUUUUUAUGUACUUUAACACGUUACUUAUAUAAAAUAAAUUUGUGUACAUAUUAGCACAUUGUAUCAUAAUAUAUCUUAUUAUAAAUUAAUAAAACAAUUUCUGGUACGUAUGCUUUAAUAAAUUAUAUGCAAAUUACAAUAUGAUUAUAGUUGAAAUAAAGUUCCUCGUUAUAUUGUUAUUUAUAAAUUUUAUGUCAUAGCAAUUGUAUUAAUUAUAUAUGUAAUUAUAUAUGUAAGCAAGACAAUAAAUCAUUUAAUAGACUUU